AUGGCUCCUCGCACCGACUUCCCUCCCAUCCGGGCCUGCCUGUUCGACAUGGACGGCCUCCUCCUCGACACCGAAGACCUCUACACCGCCUGCAUCAACAUCGUCCUCGAGCAGUACGGCCGCCCUCUCCUUCCCUGGAACAUCAAGGCCAAGCUUCAGGGCCGCCCUGGUCCUGACGCCACUCGCAUCUUCCACGAGUGGGCUCAGCUCCCUAUUACCCAUGAGGAGUACCACCAGAAGCUGUCCGCUCUCCAGCGCCAGAUCUUCCCCUCCACCAAGCCUCUCCCCGGCAUCCCCCAGCUCCUUCAGAACCUCGGUCGCACCCGCUACUUCGACCACAAGCCCGCCACUGCUGACGGCAAGACUGCUCAGCGCGUUCACAUUGCCCUGGCUACCUCCUCCCACGAGGCGAACUUCAAGCUCAAGUCUGACCACCUGACUGAGCUCUUCUCAGUCUUCCCCUCCCAGCGCCGUGUCCUGGGUGACGACACCCGCAUUGCUCCCGGCCGCGGCAAGCCCAACCCCGACAUCUUCCUUCUGGCCCUUAAGACCAUCAACGAGUCUCUUCCCGAGGGCGAGAAGCCCAUCACCCCCGAGGAGUGCCUCGUCUUCGAGGACUCUGUUCCCGGUGUUGAGGCUGGUCGCCGCGCCGGCAUGCGUGUCAUCUGGUGCCCUCACAAGAUGCUCCUCAAGGAGUACGCCGGCCGCGAGAAGGAGGUCCUCGCUGGCCGCACUGGCGAGGCCGGCCAGGUCGACAUGCACCAGGUCGGCGAGAUUGACGACGGCUGGGCCGAGUACCUGCCCACUCUCGAGAACUUCCCCUACGAGAGGUUUGGCAUGACCAUCCCUUCCAUUGAGGUCGACAACGAGCCCUUCAUGAAGGAGAACGUCAGCGGCAGCGUCGUCACCAACACCAACGGCUCUGCUUAG